AUGAGCGCAAAGCCCCAAUUCUUUCAAUAUCCGGAAGUACGCGAAGGCCCUUCCGUCCCCUAUAAAAAUGAAGACCAAGUGAUCCCAGUCUUCCGAGGCAUGCCUCUAGCAAUUGGAGCGAGCCUGAUCCAGCACGUCGGCUUCAUCCAGGACUACUUCUGGCGCAAUGCCGGCUUCAACGUCAUCCGCGUUCUCCCUCUCGACGACUAUACCCCGCGCUACGACCCCACCGUAAUUCCGGUCCUCGACUCAUCGGCAUCAACUACGACGACGACGACCGUACCACUACCCGUCCCGACCCAGAGACGGAAAGAUCACACGGGGUACUACACCUCCGCCGACUAUGUGGCUCUAUAUCAGUCGGGGCAAUUGACGCCCUCGGCCGUGGUCGAGGCCUUGUUACCCCUGAUCCGGCGCGAUUUGGAUUCCGCAGAGGAACAAAAGGGCGGCCGCAAACACUCGGUCGCGUUUCUAGAGUCGCAGGCCGAGCGGGUUCGGGCGGCCGCGGCGGCGUCGACGCAGCGGUACAAGGCGGGCCAGCCGCUGGGGCCGAUGGAUGGAGUGCCCGUGGCCGUCAAGGACGAGGUGCACCUGGAGGGAUACCAGCGGACGCUGGGCAGCAAGAUCGACUUCAAGGGAAAGUAUCAGGGGACCUCUUGGUGCGCGAAGCAAUGGGAGGAUGCGGGGGCGAUCAUCAUCGGGAAGACGACCAUGCAUGAGCUGGGGCUAGAUACGAACAACAACAACCCCAAUUACGGGACCCCACGCAAUCCCCACAACCACGACUACUACUGCGGCGGCUCAUCUGGCGGCUCUGGCCACGCCGUCAGCGCCGGUCUGGUGCCCAUCGCCCUUGGCGCCGACGGCGGUGGGUCGAUUCGUAUCCCUUCCUCCUUCUGCGGAAUCUGGGGUUUGAAGCCCACGCACGGCCGCAUCAGCGGCACGCCGACCGUCUCGCUGGCACCGACGGUGGGCGUCUACGGCCCGAUGGCCAGCAGCCUUGACGACCUCGCUCUGGCCUACCGCAUCAUGGCAACGCCCGCUCCCGCAGCCCAGGACCCCAUCUCCGCCGCCUUCCCGCCCCCACUGUCAACUUUACCACCAUCCUCCUCACCUUCAACGAUUCAAGAAAGCCAACCCCCAAGAACAAUAGGCCUAAUCCCCGCUUGGCUCGACCGCGCCCACCCCACCGUCCGCACUUGCUUCGACCAAGCCCUCACCCAUCUCAUCACCACCGCAGACCACGAAGCCAGGGAGUUGGAAAUUCCCUACCUCCCCGAAGGCCAACGCGCCCACGUCCUGACCAUCAUGGCCGAAAUCGCGUCCGGCCUGCAACCCGCCCAAAUUAGCCACCUCUCCGCUCCCAACAAGGUCCUCGUUUCCAUGGGCAUGUACCAGAUCACCGGCCAGGAUUUCCUGGCCGCCCAACGCCUCCGCCACUGCCUCAUGGCACAUCUGGCCCACUUGUUCCAGCGACAUCCCGGGCUGAUAAUCUGCACGCCCACCACCCCGAUCCCCGGUUGGAAGAUCCACAGGCCAGAGGAUCUGACGCGCGGAUUGUCAGAUGGAGGUGCCUCGGUUCGGAAUAUGGAGUAUGUCUGGUUGGCGAAUUUCACGGGGUGUCCGGCAAUUUCGUGUCCCGUCGGGUGGGUGGAUGCUGAUGGUGGUGAUGGUGGGAAGGUCCCGGUCGGGUUGAUGGCGAUGGCGGAGUGGGGGAAGGAGGAGGAGUUGAUUACUUUUGCGACGGAGUUGGAGGGGGCGUUGGGGGCUGCUGAAGGGGGAGGAGGAGGAGGAGGAGGAGGAGGAGGAGGUACCAAGGUUCCUCGGUGGGGAGGGGGCGUUGUGGGAGGAUAUUAUCGAGUUGACCAAAAAGGCAAGUACCGCUUGAUAUCUGAACAAUAA